CCGCAAGGGGGCACUAUUUGGUCAGGUCCAGCCACAGUACUAAAAAUGGACGCCGCCGUGUUCAUUCUGUCACUGAUCGACUGUUGUGCACUGAUUUUCCUGGCGGUCUAUUUUAUUAUUACCUUGUCGGAUUUGGAAUGUGACUACAUCAACGCCAGAGCAUGUUGCUCCAAACUCAACAAAUGGGUGAUACCAGAGAUAGUGGGACAGUGCUUGUCCACCAUGCUGAUGUUGAUCUCCACUCACUGGUUCAUCUUCCUCCUCAAUCUCCCUGUAGCAGCCUGGGACAUUUACAGAUACGUGAAGGUCCCGAUGGGCAACAUGGGCGUGUUUGACCCCACAGAAAUCCACAAUCGAGGGCAGCUCAAGUCCCACAUGAAGGAGGCCAUGAUCAAACUCGGCUACCACCUGCUUUGCUUCUUCAUCUAUUUGUACAGCAUGAUUCUGGCUCUGAUUAAUGACUGAAGCAACACGCCAACUCUGGAACCUCCGCCGUCCGUCUACACACUCCCAGAUUGACCGCUUCCUCGCUCCCAUGCUGCAUUCGAUGUGUCAAAACUGCUCUCUUGACGAGAUUCCCGUGCCAGUAGAACACUCGUACAAAAACAACUUUCGAAACUCGACAAGAAAAGUUCAAAUGAAUAUAAUAAACAUCACCUCAUUGUAGGUGUAUAUGCUUAAAUUCACAUCAAAAGUGGCAGUAGUCUUUUUGCACUGAAACUGUCAUUAUCGCACUGCAGACGCUUUAAAAAAGUGGGCAGUUUGGAAUGACUGAAAUACUUUGUAUGGUCACUGCACACUUUGAGUUGCUCAUUUUAAGCAUUAUGAGAAUCAAAAAUAUUUUUUUAUUUUAACAGUGGAUUCAUUGUAUUCAUAGGCGGAGUUUGACUUUUGUGGGGGGGGGGGGGGGGGGGGCAAAACAUGUUGAUGACCCCAAAACGCAGUGUCAGCAAUAUAAUUAACUUACAAUAUGAUAUAUAUAAAUAUAUAUGGCGGAAAAUACUCAGGCAACUUGAAGUUCCGCUCUGAGACCCUCAAUUUGGCCAACUUUCAAAAUUGUCCGAUAUGCAUGAAUGAUACAUCAUUGGAAAGCUUAAAAUCUCAAUUUUCUGGGGGAAGAAAAUUUUGAGCAGGAGGGCAUUUUUUUUUUUUUUUAUGUUUUUUUAAACGGCAAAAUCCUAUCUGGAGGUGAGAGCAUGCUAGAGCAGAAUUACAGACGCCAUGACACUAACGAGAUAUUAUCGCGUACUUACCUUGUUUCGAUCCAAAAACUCCAUGUAGCAUGUAUCAUCGAGUGUCAAGACACAGAUGUGAAUGACCAAAGCCGGAUUUUUGUAGGAUUUUAUGGGUGAAACAUGGUAAUAUAACAAGGGUCGCCAUGCAGUAAUCGCAGACAUCAAGGAUUGGUCCAGAUUUAUCGGAGAAAAUGCCACAGUAACAAAAAAAAUACAAUUAAGCGAUAGUUAUGAGGUAGAUAUCUGUGACCUUUUUACAGAUGCCAUUUUUUUCAUUGUGACAUAAUUUGUUUAAAUUAUGCGAGUGAAUAAUUUUUUAAAGUAUAUAUAUAUAUUUUUUUCAAACGAAAUAUGAGACAUCAAUGAUUCUAAGCUAAAAACGACAGACAUUUUGAAUAAUAAAUAUCUUUGUUUUAUGGCUGGGUUGAAACAAAAGCGGUUGCGCGACGUCUGUAAUUGGGGGUUUUCAGGGUAAAACGGACAAAUCAAAAAAUAGUUUGGGGGCUCAAUGCGCCAUGAAUCUGCUGUGGCAGCGUAUAGACAUAUUGUUCUAUCAAACACAACAGUCGUUUUGGCUUAAAUACAGCAGUUUUUUUUUUUUAAAAGAGGAGUGCAAGAGCACAAACUGCUUUUUCAGACUUGUCUGUGUUUUCCGCCAUAUAUUAUUCAUUUCAAUCAUUUGUGUUGUUUUAUUGCCUUACAACUUUCAUAGACAACAUUUUAACGGCUAGGUCUAUUGUAAAGGGGAAGUUAAGAAAUUUUUGACAUUAGGUUUAAUGUUCGAGUUAGUGGUUUCAUUAGUCGGUGGAGUUGAUUUCAAUUAAUUCUGUGCAGUUAGUUAUUUGUUAGUUUCUGGGCUCAGGAGUGGCUAAGCUAAUGUAAGUCAAUGGUGCCUGCUUAGCAUGCCAGUAAAUAAACGAUAUUAACAGAUCCAACACAGUCAAAGAACUGGUGUACCGCACACUGCACGUCACUUCCGCUCAUUAUUAUUCAUGGUGUUAGCUAAUGUUGCUAAGGGGGGGGACACGCUACCGGUUGUCCCCAAUAGGAAAUGAAUGGAAAUCGUGUACGAAGGAGAUGUUUACAGAGCUAAACCUACCAAUUCUGUCCAAAAAUGAUGUCCCUGGUACCAAAUUUACUGGUAAAUAUGUGGAAGAACAUUUAAAAAAUGUUCAGUUAAAGAGAUGGCUUGAGAGUCUAGAUCUGAAGAAGACGAAAAAACGAUCCGACUGAAGCACCUUUUCCUUACGCGACUGACAAUGACAUUCUCCUGUUUCAACAAUCUAUCCUUUACCACCACAUGCUCUGCCUAUCGUAUAUAUUAUAUCCUCUGGUUGUCUUACGUCUCUGACCGUUCUUUUGGGCAACGACAUUGAUAUUUUUGUGUAGCGAUCGCAAAUGCUACUCCUUGAGAGCCAACGAACACUUAAUUUUUUCAUUAAUAACAAAUCUUAAUUCUAUCAUUUAUUUACGAUUCCUCCUUAGUAAAGUUUUUUUUUUUUUUUUUUACCACAGAAGAGGUAACGGUGGCAGUCAGAUACCAUUUUCAUUCUUUUCAGGUCAUUCAUUGUCAGACAGAAGCAGCACGGCACAACGCCACGCUAAAAAAUAAGUUAAAAAUAUCAAAAUGGCUUACCUCUUUGUCCUCUGAAGGAGCAUGCCAACCCAACAAAAUGUUUACUGCAUAUGAAAUGUGAAUGGCUUCACCCUGGCUUCAUCUAGCUGCCAUUAAACGUCCACGCAAGUUGAUUAAUUCUUCACAUUUUUUGGUUUUGGGAAUCGUAUGAAGAAAACAGCCAUCAUAUGCCGUAAUGUCUACAGUGGUUUCUACAACUUCCAAAAAAGCAAUGUGUGAUCGGCAUUUAUGUUUUUGAAAGAUUACCGGAGAAAAGUAGCAGAAAUAACAUUGUUUCUAUGCGAGGGCGGGUCUAUAACGUCCCACUUCCACUUUACUUCCGCUUUACGAUGCGACGUCACGGUCUAAAAAUAGCAUUCGUGCGGUACACUAUUUAAAAUGCAGUUCGUUCGAAAUACCCGUGUGGCCAAAACAUUGUCACAUCAAACAGCCAAAAUUCAUUUCCUUCAACAGGACUAAAUAUAUAUAGAGAGAGGAGUACUUCGGCUCUUGUGCUCAAUCUGCUGGGGAGUCCCGUUUGUUCUCACAAAAAAAUAAAAUCAGUGGUGAAAAAAAUGUAGUAUCACGCCGCCCUGCUUGCCUAGAAAGCCUGUUCCCUGCAGAGCUGCUGGAUUACAAAUGUUGCUGUUCAUUCUACAAUUAUUGACAUUAACAUUAUCCUGAAAACAUAACAAACACUAUUGAUUGCAUGGGUCAUCAGUGAUUCUCAUGCGUGCACAUGUUGUUUUAUUGGUAUGCUAAACCGGCACUAUUGACUGGCGCUAGCUUAGCCACUCCGGGGCCCCGAAACUAACAAAUAACUAACAAACUGCAUGGAAUUUGUUAAGUCUUGUGUCAAAAAUUGUGAACUUCCCCUUUAGAUUGGUUUACAAGAAAGUCAAUCACAUGCAAUGACAUUUUUCGGCUACCGGGGGGGUACUGCCCCCACCACCCCCCUCGAUCUCCGCCUAUGAUUGUAGUAUAUAAUUGGGUUGUUCAUGACUUUGUGUGAACUAUCAGACAUUCCUCCAUUUUAAAGUUUACUUCAGUAUCUUCUUGUAUGGUGUUUGAUUUUCAUCAGAAUGCUGCCGCACUUACCAAAUUUGAAAGGACAAUGUUUUUAAAAAAAAAACACUCCAGUAUGAAGCAGGUGUGCAAAUAUGGUUCCAGUUGUGACCUCGCUGAGAUGACGGUUGAUGCCUGCUUUGUACUAAACUCUCUGUAGCAGUGUUUUUUGUUUUUUUUUUGUCUUGAGAUUGAGUUUCAUAAAUGAGUUUCAUAAAUAAAAAUGAAAAUACAGUGCUGUCAGUGCGUUUCUUUACCUGUAAUUACAGGGGACUUUUUGAAACAGUGGCAUUGGAAGUGGGAUGCUGAGGGUGCUACAGCACCCCCUGGUGUCUGGGGAGGGUGUUUUGGUAGAUCGUUUAAGUACAACACCGAAACAAUUGCACAUUUAAAUUUGGGAAUGGGGUACCCAUCGGCGGAUCUACUAUUCAGGUGAAGUAGGCGAUCGACUUAGGCCCCCAACCAGUAGUGGGCCCCCAACCAGCUGCCCUUGCCCCAAUGAGCAAGAGCUUGGGCCACCGGAGCCAGCAGCACCCCAACUAUUCGUCAUGUAUAAUUAUGUCACCAUACCAAACAAACAAAUAACAAAACAAAAAAGAAAGCCAUUUGAAUGCCGCAUUUAUAUUAUCACCCCCCCCACACACACACACACGCACUACAAUAGACUGUUCCACGACGACGGACUGAGUAUCAGUCGCUUGGCUUCAUUUAGCGCCGUUUUAGCUUCCCUUAGCUCCGUUUAGCAACGCUUAGCUCCGCUUAGCUGUUCGUUAGCUUCACUUAGCUCUCCCGCGUUUUUCAUGCCACUAAGCUCGCUAUUUUUACAGCUCACUUGCUACUUUGCACGUCGGCUAUCGUUUAUUUCGAACACAUGAGCGAACGUGCUCUCGAUGAGAGUCAAAGUGCAGUGAGGGAGAAGUUGAGAACAGGCCGCUAAUGCUUCUUUUAACUUUCUUGUUCUUCACACCGAACAUAAAAUACACGACAGCACACCCUGUGGCGAAACAAUGCAGUACAGUUCCAAUCAGUCAUACAAUAACACCCAACAGCUGGUUAACAGCAUUUGCUAACUGAAAAAAAAAAAUCUAUUAGUGACGCCACAAGCAAUGAUGAAGAAUGUUUUUUUACGGAGUGUAAAGCUUUCGGUUAGCAGUUUAGCGAACGUACCUCCGGUGAACAUUUCAAAAUAAAAGCAUGUCAUGUUCGUCAUAUAACAAUUAAUAUUAUAAUAUGUAGAGUAAAUACUACAGAAUACAGAUUCUACACUAAGAAUAGCUUUCAAAUGACACUCUUUAUGACAAAUAUGACUGGCAAUGAAUAAUUAUUAUAAUCAUGAUACUACUAUUAUAUACAGUAUAGUAGUAUACUAUAAUAAUGCUAGAAUUUUUUU